AUGGCCGAGGCACUCGGCAUCGCCAGCGGUGUCGCUGGCAUCGUUUCUCUUGGCAUUAGUAUUUGUAGUGGCCUUGACACGUUUUUCAGUGCCAUCAAAGACCGAGAUGAUGAUCUAAGACGCGCUACGGAGCUCUUGGGCCUCCUUCGCAGAUACAUCGAGCUCAUUCGGCCGAGUGCUUCGACACUCAGCAGCCGCCAUGCCCAAGCUACCGACCUCGUUGUCCUAGCACUAGGAUCCUGCGAGUGUGAGCUUCGAGCUCUAAAGGAACUCGUCGACAAUCUGACCAAGGUCGAUGGCGCUUCGGAUGUGUCACGCAAGCAUGUUGGUGUGGGUGUCGGUGACGAUAUUGAGGCGUUUAGAAGCGCCGUUCAGGAUAACCACUUGGUUACGACGGCCUUCUUAACGAGACUUGAAUCCAAAGUUGAGAGAAUCGAAGGGUCUGCUCAACAGACAGACGCAAGGCUCACGGCGAUUUCGAGUGGAGUUGAGGAACAAAAGACGCUGGCAUCCAGCAGCCAGACACUGAUCAAAGAUACCAGCCUCAUGGUCUCAGGAAAACUAGGUGCAAUCGCAGAAGGUCUUCGGCUUGGUCCGCAAUCCCAGACCGUUGGCACGGCACAACAAAAGGACAUUCCACGGUACUUGAGAAAUUCCAUGAUCGAAAGAAAAUGCAUUCAAGAAACCGCCAUGGCAAUCUGUCUCUGCCAGAGACAGAAAGGCGUAAAAGGACGACAGCCACUGACGACGUACAGAUUUUGGGGAGGUCUGGCCAUUUCGUACCAGGCAAUGUCCAAGGGAGAUCAUCAGCCCGGGUGCUGUUUUUACAAGAGAUCUACAAAGACCACCAUCACUUACACUGGCUUGCGGUUCCUCCUCUCCAAGGUUCUUAGCUUUUCUCUGCAGAGGGAUUACCAAUGCGGAGGCUCUUUAACAACACACUCGCUGCGAACAUACAAUGUCAUGGAAACGAGUCAAGCCUUCGACGUCUUCGACGACUACAGAAAUGACCGCCGUGGAGAUGACCUAACAACACUCAUCCAGGAAGAUAUCAAGAAACUACAAAUCGCUUACACUUCUGGGAAGGCGUCGCCCUUGGAUGUUGACACCUUUGGUCGUAAUGUCGCCCACAUGUGCAUUAAGAGUUAUAACCAUUGGCUGGCAGUGAAAGGAGCCGAAAAGUGGGAUGACGUCCUUGAGAGCCUCAAGAUGAUGCUGCUGUUCCUGCAACAGGUGGGCGUCAAUGUCUAUGCAGGUACCAACAAGGAGAGCUCAAUGAUCGGAUUCGUAUUAAGAAAGUCUGUUUACAGCUUUCUGGGUCCAGUCUACGAUUUUCUUGCGAACUGCGAGUCGCAGUUUGAUCCUGAACAAGACCCUGAGCGCCCCUGGAAUCUGAAGUUUGCAUUCCAGCACGUAUUUAUAGACGUACUAAAAGAGCGCCCUGACAUUAUGGAAGGGCUGGGAUACAGAAACAUUUUUCUUGCUGUGGCAAAACGAGAUGAAACAAAGAUCAAGGAGCUUAUCGAAAAUAUCAAGUUUGUCGAGUUUGUGCGCGAGACAGACUUUUUUGGACAAAACAUCUUGCAUUUUUGCUUGAACUGGGAGACUGGUCUCCGGCUCUUGCUUGAGAAGGAGGCCACACAUCACCUAGUGAACCAGCCUGAUGCAGAAGGAUAUACGCCAUUGAAGAAUGCGCUGGAACUGAGCCAGCACGCAUGCCAUAAGCCGCCCCGCAGACUGAACCUGUGCUCUGGCUGCGGCUGCUCAGCUACCGUCAGGCUGCUUCUCGAGACAGACUGCCCUAUGGGGCUCGAUUUGAUUGGCGACCCGUCAGGAUUGAGAGCUUCACCGAAAGCCAAGAUAGCUCUGCUAGAGCACCUUGCGCAGAGGCGAGAGCGGCUACAAAAACUGGCAUUGCACCACCUCCCCGAAUCAGAGCUGCGAGAUCUUGGAGUCUCUCUAAACGAACUGCCUGACAUGACGGCCCCUGCGAUAUGGGAUAGGCUGCAGUCACUUCAUCAAAGCGGUGUCGUAAAGAUACUCCACAAUGGCCUGGAUCCUUUGAUGAAAAGCGAGCUUUCGGACCAUGUUCAGCAAGGAAUCUUCCAUCUCCUGGACGACCCUGAAGAUGCCGAGGUGGCGUUCAAUCUCGGAUUCAAGGGCAUAGAUACGCCCGAUGGAGACGGGGUAUCACCAAUCUUAAGUGCAGCGCGCUGCUGCGCAAAGUGGGUUCGAUGCGGAUUCUACAAAAGCAGACGCACCGCACAGUCUCGACUUCCCUGCCCCUGCACUACAGAGGAGUUGUCACUGCCGCUGCACUACCUUGUUGUUGCGUUGCUGGGUGAUGUGGAGGUCAUGGUCACAUACUUCAAAUAUGCUGAUGGAAUCGCCAAGGUUGUAUACCUUAUCGAUCUACUCUCCCGCAUAACCAGUGACCUGGAUCUGGCUUACCUGGUUAAAUCGAUCAUCCAUGCUCUAACCCUAACAGCCCUACGCAUCAGGCACCUGUCAGCGUGUCACAGAUCUGUGUAUGCCACCGAAGACACAGUCCAACGCACAAAGGAGGUAGAGGAAUGGGAUGAUAUGCUUGACGAGGAUCGAGCCUUAAUCGAAAGGCUAGGAGAGUUGACGGAAGAGUUUGAGCAAGAAUUCUCAAACCAGAAUGUGUCUAUUGCAGACUUCUUGUGGCUUCAUUGGCUCCCCAGGAUCCGGCAGGUUCGCAGGGAGCGUAAAGCACUCGAUGACAGUAAUAGGCAAGAACUUCGCGAACUUGGCGUGGUUCUGGAUGAGGAGAUUGGACAGGAGGUGUAUUACGACUCGGCCGAGGACACGAACAUAUGA